AGUGUUAAACCCACUUGGCAAAUUCUUAUCUACCCAUUUCAUGAGAAUGGGCUACUCAACCCAUCUGAUGUGGCAUUAGUUUUGAAAAUGUCAUUUAAUUACUACUAUUUUAAAUAUUUGCAAAUUAACCCCAAAUGAAUUAAUUGUUUAAUAUAGGGAUUUUACAAUUUUUUUCACUCAGUUGUUUGCCUUCUUCUAACCUUCCACCUUCUUCGACACACCCUCCGACGAGGACGGCGAAGACCAACCCGACCACCACAUCAGAAGUUUCAACGUAACCACACAAUUUUGACCUAUCCUUCCAUCUCCUUCCUUAAUUUUCCUCUUUUGUUCAUCCCUCUUUUCCUUCCUCACCGUCGACGGCGACGACCACCGCUACAAAAAAUUAUUGCACGAGUUCAUCUCUUCAAGUUGUCACAAAUAAUUCUAAAUGGCUGCAAAUGAUGGAGAUAUAAAUGGUGAAGAAUUGGCUAGUGGUAAUAAUGUCGUUAAUGAAGAAGGAAAAGAGGACAUGGGUACUUAUAAGGAUAUUAGUGAAUUGACAAAUGAUGAGAUAAGAGGAUUGGAAUUUGAUUCAGAGGAACAAGCUAUACAAUUUUAUCAAAGCUUUGCAGAAUUUCAUGGGUUUGCAAUAAGAAAAGAUGAUGUAAGACGUGAUGAUGAUGAUAAGAUAGUUGUUCGUCAAUUAGUUUGUAAUAGAGCGGGUAAGAAUAGCAAUAAGGAGGGCCGUGGAAAAGUUCUGAAGCCGAACACUAGAACCGAUUGUCCUGCAAGGCUUCGAGUAAAUUUAAAUGUUGAGACUGAUAAGUGGACAGUUUUUGCAUUUGAGCCCUGUCAUAACCAUCCCCUAACGCCGACACGUUAUGUUCAUCUAAUUCCUAAGUAUCGUCGAUUGAGUGGAUCCGAUAAAGCCCUUGUUGAUGGCUUGCACACACAGGGUGUUAGAACUUGUCAUAUUUUGGGUUUUAUGUUGGCUCAAAAAGGUGGUUAUGGAAAAAUAAGAGUUCUUAUAAAUUCUUUUUUCAUAUCAGUUUCUAGGUGUGUUGGAAGAGGUUGAGCGUUCGGCAAAAAUGGCUUCCAAGAGAGGUGUUUAGCCUACUUCAGAAUUUGAUACAAUUUCGAGUUUCCAUUGGAUCCUAAUAUGGUAUGCUUGGAAAGGAAUGCUUGUCAAGGGGUGAAAUUGUGAAUUUUAAAGUUUGAAUUUAGUGAGCUUGAAAGAAAACUUUGAUUACCACCAUCAUGAAUUACUUUAAUAGAAAACUUUUGAUUUGUUAUAGUAGUUGUUACUAUUGGAGGAUGUUUCUUACUAAGUCAA